AUGUGGCCCCUUAUGCUAUAUGAAAUACCGACAUCCUCUGUCGAAUGCUUGGAGAGAAAGAUCAGCAAACACCUGCGCCGAUGGGUGGGAAUACCACCAAGCUUUACCAGCAUCGGAUUGUAUGGGCGAUCGAACCAGCUACAACUCCCGCUAUCAUCACUAGUGGAGGAGUUCAAAGUUGCAAAGACACUACUGGUAGUGACGCUCAAGCAAUCGCAGGACAGUUCAAUCCGAAAUGCUGGGAUUGAAACUAGGACAGGGAGAAAGUGGUCAGCAAGCCAAGCAGUCGAACAGGCCGAGAAAAGACUCCAGCAAAAAGACAUUGUCGGCAUCACAGCUGUAGGCAGACAGGGGCUAGGCAGCUCCAACAUAACAUUAUGGAGCUCUGCUGGAAACAUGGAAAGGAGGAGAAUGGUGCAAGAUGAAGUCAGAGCAGCAGAAGAAGAAGACAGAAGCGCGAAAGCUGUGGCUAUGGGUGCCCAAGGUGCGUGGACGAAGUGGACAACGACAGAAAGAAAACUGACCUGGGCUGAUAUUUGGAGCUACGAACCACUGAGGAUAGCGUUCCUGCUCAGAUCAGUCUAUGACCUGCUACCGUCACCCUCAAACCUGCACAGAUGGGGUCUACAGGACCACCCCAAGUGCCAAUUGUGUGACAAGACAGGAACCACGGAACAUAUUCUGCCAUCGUGUACCACAGCCCUCACCCAAGGACGCUACAGGUGGAGACACGACAGUGUUCUUCAGGAACUUGCUGACAAGUUGGAGCGCGAGAGGACCAAGAAGAGGCCCAGACAGAAACCCCAAAUGAUUCAGUUCGUGAAGGAAGGACAAAAGGCGCCUAAAAAACUGCAGCCUACCAGUUCUGUAUUAGAUGAAUCUGAUCAGUGGGAAAUGUCUGUUGACCUGAAGCAAAAGCUAGUGUUCCCGAACAUUAUCCAGACAACAUUAAGGCCUGACAUUGUGUUGUGGUCCACUAAAGAUAAGUGUCUGAUCAUGGUUGAACUGACAGUCCCUUGGGAAUCUCGUUGUGAAGAGGCCUUCGAACGGAAAAAGGCCAAGUAUACAUACCUGAAAGAACAGUGCAGAGAGAAAGGAUGGCGAGUGUGGCUCUACCCUGUGGAAAUUGGCACUAGAGGAUUCCCAGCACAGUCGCUGUGGAGAAUGUUCAGUGCCUUGGGCAUCAAAGGAGCAGACAGGAAGAGAGCAGUGGGCAAACUGAGCCUAGCAGCAGAAAGGGCAUCCUGGUUACUUGGUCCGAUUAGGGGACAGGGUAGCUCCUGA